AUGCAUCGCAGAAAGAGCACUGAGAAGACGAGAAAGGUGACUCCUCCAUCGCCAAGCUACAUGAAUAACGAACAAUUCGCUGCCUACUUGGCAAACCUCCGAUCCAACAGAGUCGCCCGCCCCGGCGGAGCAAGGCCACUGCCGCCUUCCUCUUCAAGCAUAAGAUCAAAACGCCCUUCAAUCGAACAUAGCGUUUCCGAACCCCUUCCACGAAGCGAAAGUCCUGCACUCUCCACUCCAAGUUCUAUCAAUGUACCAUCGCAACCGCAUCCCCCUUCUGUCAACGCCAGUGUAUCAUCCCGUCAUUCCAUUCCGAGCAUCCAAGGACGGGAGUAUCAACCUUACCGCCCAACAUCACCUCUGAAGCCUUCUCAGGUGGUGCCGACUGCCACCUACAUGGAAAGAGGACAGCGAUGGAUGGAAAAGGAAGAGGCCGUGUCACUUCGACAUGCCAUGGAAGACAUGUCCAUUAAGAACGGCGAACAACCCGUCGAGGAUGAACCCGUGGAGACGCCAGACGACGAAACACGUAUCUAUAAUGCUGCACUCGACGAGGCCUCAGAACUGGUCUGGCGGCAUCAGAAUGGAGUCCGCCCUCCUGACAAGGACGCACCGUAUCGGUACAAGCCUCACCUCAGAAAGAACAGUUAUGCUCAUGCUCGCACCGCAAGCGUGGGCAAACAUGCCGACGGCGCCCAUCCAUCCGGCCUCGCUAGGGACAAGUCCAGGUCAGUUUCUGGCAGCUCUACCGACAGCGAUGGUCACUCUCGGCGAAGUCGACCUUCCUUGGCUUUGUCACGGAAUAGCGUUGGGGGGGAGAGUCAGAGUCCCGACCGGCCUUCGAUGGACUUGGGAACUUCAGGGCCAGCCGGUGCCAGACCCCUUCCGAAACCCAGGAGCUCAGGGCAGCGUCGCAGCAGUAUGAAGCGGAACAUCAGCGGCGAAGUUCAAAGGCCAUUUUCCGGUGAUCAGAUUUGGGAAGAGCCAGAAACCAAUGCCCGGGAAGACAAGGCCAGGACGAAGCCAGCGUCGGCAGCAGACUUACCUCUGGUUGACAAACCAGAGAACCCCCAGAAUCAAGUCCGAUUUGCUACAAACUCACAGGCGGACCGCGUUGGACCCUGGAAACCCAGGUGCAAUGUCGAGAUUCAACGGAACCCACCGUCUCAGUCACGCAACCCACAGUACACCAUCAACACUUCGGUUCCGAAGCCUGUGGUGGACGACCAUAUCCCCAAGAAGAACGGCAUGGAGAUACGCAGUGAAGAUAUCCGAGGGGCCACAAGUAUGAAGCUGAAGGACCGCAGCGCGAAGUUGCCUACACCCACGGCUGUCAGUGAUCGCCCUGGUCGGCCGAUUGUAAGCUUCGACUCGAAGUGGAAGGCUCCAGACGAGAGAACUGAUGCUAGGCCAGGAGCCGCGAGCCAAAACAACCAGCCGAUGGAAAUUCCUUCUAUCGUGGUGGCGUCGGAGGAGCCUCCGUCGGACAGAACACGCAGCAACCCGAUCAUUCCGGUCAUAAAUAUUGACGGGACAGAUGAGCCACCUGCUUCUAAUCCUGGUAUUCCUUUCAUAGUCACUCCCGACGACGAUGAAUCUUCGAAUCCGAAGCCGCGGCCCUUGCCUGACCCCAAGACAGCAUCCAGAGGGCACCCUUUCCGGCGCCCGCAACGUCACUGGUCACCAGCCCCUGCCACUAGCAAACACUCAACCGCUUUGUGUCACGAAUGCGCAUUCCCCAUUGAAGGUAGAUUCGUCGCUCUGGGCGGAUCCUCAGAGCGCUUCCACCCCCAGUGCUUCAGCUGCUUUGCUUGUGGUACUGGUCUAGAAGCCUUGGAGAUUAGCCCAGAGCCAGAAGCUCAUCGCCAAGAGCGCCUCGACAGAAUUCAACGUCGCGCCCAUGGCGAGGUGUUGGAAGAAACGCCAGGCAAGACCAUGGCCGAAGACGGUGACGAGCGCCUACGUUUCUUCUGUCAUCUUGAUUGGCACGAACUUUACGCACCGAGAUGCAAACACUGCAAGACACCCAUUCUCGGGGAGCACGUUGUCGCUCUGGGAGAGCAUUGGCACUACGGACACUUCUUUUGCGCGGAAUGCGGCGAUCCAUUCGAGAAAGGCAUGACUCAUAUCGAAAAGGACGGGUAUGCGUGGUGUGUCAACUGUCAGACAAAGAGGACGGAGAGAAGGGCGCCCAAGUGCAAGAAGUGCAAGACUGCUGUCAUCGGACAAUACAUUCGGGCGCUGGGCGGUGAGUGGCAUGAUGAGUGUUUCCGCUGCGCUUCUUGCCAGGGCGGUUUCGACGACGGCCAAAUUUUUCCUAAAGAGGUUGGUGACAGGGUCAUGGUACUAUGCACAGGAUGCCGCAUGAUAGAACUCAAGGCAUAA